AUGGAAAAUUUUGUUGUGCCCAUCCACCUUAGAGACCACACCUACUCCAAGAGCAGGAGAACCUCUGCACGCCAGGCAGAGACCGCAGGGAGCCACAGACUCGGCCCCAAUUGUCCAUGCUGCAGGGACUCUGAGAAUUCCAUCCCCCAGCCCCAGUGCUCUGCUGCCACCUCCAGACUUCCCAAGAAGAGGAAGAGGAGCUCCGAGCCCCAUCCUGCCGAACCUUCUGCUCAAGCCCCAGGGAAGGUGGAUCCCAUCCAGAGGCCUCGGUCUCCCAUUUCACCUGCUGACCUGCCACUAGUCUCCACUCUGCCACCCAGCCCUCUACCCUCUACUGCUAUUACUCAGCCCACCUCCACUGCUGUAUACCCUGGCAGUCCUGUGAAGAUACAUAACUACUCAGUUGAAGAGUAUCAGAAGAUCUAUCACGAGGUCGUUGAUGAUAUGCUCCGGUACAAGAGUGGCAGGGCUCGUCCAUACAGUUUGGAGCUCGGACGUUGCAUCAAACAAAAGCUCUGGGACAGACUAAAUUGUCCCAUGUUUUCAACGUCGGCUAACGAAGAUGGACCCAUGCAUGUGAACGUGUCAUACGGGGCUGGAAUCUAUCCUCCUCAUUAUAAUGUUGACACUUCUGGAGAACCAGAACCUGGAAGGGCACCACAUAAAAAAGCUAAGAACUAAAACUACACUCAGUUCUUAGUUUAAAGACUGUGAACAAUGAAAUACAUUGGAACAGUCAACUGUAAAUAGUUCAUGUAUAAUAGUUAAUAGUCCAUAGUUAAGAGUUAAGUAUUAAGAGUUAAGAGUUAAUAGUUUUAAGAAAACAGCAGCCUCUGUUAGUACACUCUUCAAUCUGCCUCAACCAACAACCACCUACCAUCAUCUAAAAGGACACAAACAACUUGUGCAAGCCAGCUGAAGCAUCACAUUCCAUCCUCCACCUACAGCUUCAGCCUCCACCUGUAGCUACAGACGAAUCUCCAACUAAAACGUCUGGAAGCUAAAUUACCUUCCUCACUCCACCCUCUACCGACCAACCAUCGUCGGAUUUAAACUCUGCCUCCUCAC